ACAUAGCUUUGGAGGUACACAUUUUUUGUAUAUAUUUAAGACAGGAUGCUGCUCAUCCAUACAUUUGGCUGAGGAUACUCGUUUAUAAUUUUGUUUCUUAAAAUAUACUUUAAUAUACAAUUAGAAUAUGUUUUAAUAGUAAUAUUUUUAGAAUAUGCAGUCUUAACUGCUGCCAAUUUGUGGGGUAGUGUUGUUGUUAUUUGGAUCUGAACUAAUUUGCAAUAAAUAAAUCAUAAAGUAGUGCGCGAAUAAAUUUAUAUCGCCAAAAUGGAAAGUAUUUUGUUGCCAAAUAUUGCCGCGAUUUUAGUGAAAGAUAUGUUAAUAGACGAAAACAAAACCAAAGACAGGACAAAUAAAUUUGCCAAAAGGGAUUUUCCGCUACUUUGCAGUGACUCCGAUGAUGAGGCGUUGCAUUUUUUCCUGCAACAGAAGCGCAGGAAACAUGAAGAUAACCGCGAUAAGCGAGUUAUACCAAACAAUUCGAGUUCAAAAAAGUUUACAAUGGAAAAUAAUGUACCAUUUGCUCCAUAUGAACCUAUUAAGCGUCAAACUUUAACCGAAAUUAAUUUACUAAACAAAUUUAAUACGACACUAUUUGAAGGAUAUUUGCAUAUGAGUAAAAUGACUUUCUUGCGCAUCUUCAAGAGACUGCGGCAAUAUUUACCCAGCGAGCAUUUGCCCACUUCAGCACCACCGCAAUCGAUUUUUUCACUCGCACUCUGGAAACUGUCUACAGAUGAACAUUUCGAAGAUAUUGGACGUAAAUUCAACAUUACGAAACAUGUAUGCCAACAAGUUAUACGCCUAUUUUGGCGACGUAUUUCCGCACAAUACGAAACAUUAAUUCAAUGGCCCAGUACACCAGAAAAGCGUCAGUACACCGUACAGACUUUUCAAUCAAAUCAACAGCUUAAUAAAUUUCAACAACUAUUUGGCAUUUUGGCCACCAAACAGUUGGAUGUGUUUCUCGAAGCUGAAAAUGAGGAGCGACAAGUGGUAUUACAAAUUAUUUGUGAUGGUGAUCAAAAAGUAAUCGAUUGCUUUUUAGUACUCGCCGAUGAGUAUUCAUUCGACACCUCUCCUAUAGGACAAACAUUAGCGCUAAACGUUCAAACAAUGCCCCUAGGAAGUUAUCUCAUUGGCGAUGAAAGCUUUCCACUCAAACCUUACCUAUUGCGUCCCAUAGGUGCACCCAGCGAUGAGAAGGAGCGUGCUUUUAAUAAGGCAUUACAACCGGCUUUGUUGUUGGCUCAACAAUCGCUAGAUUCUAUGGCAAAACGAUUUAACGCUCUUUAUGCACUGGAAGCACGUAAUCUACACGAAGUGCGUAAAAUAGUGGAUACAGUGUGUGCAUUACAUAAUCUAUGCGUCGACAUGGAAGACGAAUAUGUCGAACGCAAAUUAAAAGAUAUACAGUUUAAUUGGGCCAAAGUUGGGAACGGAGCAAUAACAAAACAUGCAGGUGAAGAAGAUGAAAUUGGCAAGCAAAAGCGCGCUACAAUCAUGACGGAGGUGUUGCGGUAGAUGCUUAGUAGAUUAUAUUUAAUAUUGAUAAAGUAAUUUAAUUAUACCUACAAAGUUCUUCUUUGAAGAAAAAAAAUCUUAAUCUUCAGCCAUAUCGUUUAUUCCGAAACAUAUAUGUAAGCGCAAUCGCCGACAUAUGUUGGUCGUUUAUAUUUUCUUUUCAUUUAUAAUACAACUUUAAAAUUUAUGCGCUAUAAAUACGUUUACUUUAGAUUACAGUACAUUAACAGCGAUGUAUUAAUGUAUAAGGUAUAUAUGUAUGUAUAUGUAUAAUAUGUUGCAUAUUACUUUUUGUUGCUUUUUAUUACAGAUGCUAGAAAUAUUUGUCCGUCAAGCUGCACAAAUUAGUUCAUGUACCAACAUAUAGUAGUUAUCAGAUGAACAAAAUAUAAGUUAUAUAACAAGCUAAUAAGGUACAUAAUCGAAAUAUAAUAAUAUAUAAUAUGUGUGUAUAAAUAAAAUUGACUAUUAAAUGUAAGUAUAUAUAAAAAUAGGUAUAUGAGAAGAGAUAAUAAAGUUUCGAGAUUCAAGUUACACAAGCUUACUCCGUUUAACGAA